GUCGUCGACCCGGCGUCGCGAGACAAGUACCUUCUCCACAUCAAGGCUGGCCCAUCCAGAGAUCCACGCACCCACCAAACCGUCGCUGUUAACGGUCCAAACUACCGCAUCGUCGAGAAUGAUUUAAUGACCUGCUACAUCAAAGUUCGAAUAAAAGAUUACCAUGGACUGCCAAAGAAUUCGCCUGCAACUUCAGACUACUUCUCCCAUCCAUCGCACAUUUCAGACAGAUACAGUGUAGCAUUCUCCUUCGUACCAAAAGUUGAUAUACCGGGAGAGGACAUGGUAUUCGGCUUCGAUUUCGACCACUCGAUCAAGGACAGACUACCGCCAGGUUUCAGAUACGCCAUGAGGAUAGUAACAACGCUGCUAGACCCAGGAAUCUACUCCGACCCAUACUCGGAUAAGCCGUACCUGUACGGCCCAGCCCUAUCAUCCUUCUUCGCCUUCCACAUUGGCGAGCUCGUCAGCAAAGAGCCAGUCGAACAGCAACUCGAAUCUCUCGCCAAAGACCAUUCCGACAUAAUAUCCGAAGGCUCGACCGGCUCCGGCAACGCCAUUCGAAAAUCCCACAACAUGCCUUCGAAGUCGUCAAAGCGGCGGAAACACUUCCUCACGCCUGAAAACCUGAAGAGUUUCACGUUUGAGAAGGGGAGGCUGUAUCAGUCUGAUUUCUUCAAUCCUUACCUUGAUUUCGCCAAUUUCGCGCUAAGGAUCCCGGGGUUUUCGAUCAGCGUGGCGAAAUAUAUCGAUGAUAAGACGCAUCAAUUACGACUGGUGCUGAAGAAUAGGAAGACGGAAGAGGUGUUGUUUGUGGUCAUGUUUACGCUUUUAUUCGGCCAGAAGCUAGAUGACGUGCUAGAAGAUGAGAGAAAGAAAGAA